AGUUCAGGUCCCUUACGUAGCUCCAGAGAAAGCUCUGCGUGGAGUCUCCACACAACCAUAACUCAAGAUUUAAGUCGUGGUCGUUUGAAAUAUCAGAGAGCACAGCUUCAGUUCCUUCUUUCUAUUUCAUUCAUAACUAACAAUGGCUGCUGCUGCUGAACAGCAGAGACGAGCAGAAUUCCUGGUAGAGCGAGAGCCUUUCAGACAGAAUGCUUUCCUGAUUAUCAAUGAAAUGGUUGCCAUGGAGAGGCAGAGACCUAAUAGGGUGUUAGUGGAUGAGGUUCUUCACAGCAUCUUCUUUUUGGGAAAGAUCAACUACCCGCCAUUUCCCCCAGAAAAGAUUCUGGCUGAUGAUUCUGACUUGUUAAAUACAUUACCAGACCUAUACCCUCGGCCUUUUGACCACUAUUCCUCUCAGGUACCCAGGAGGAGUCCAUUUUCAUGUUUGCUCGACAUGGUUGUCGACCUGAUUGGAGGAGACAAUGAAGAAGAAAUCAUGCAGCAGCUGUUAGACUUCAUCGAUACACUGGGGGGGAAGAAAAACAAAAAGCCUCUGGUCUCCAGAACCAUCUGUGUCUCUCAGAGCAAUCACCCAGAUUCAGUCAGGUACUACGGAGCCUCCGUGUCCGCUAAUGACCCUGAAGCCCAGAGAAACCUGAUUGCUGCUUCCUGUCUCAGCAGUAUCUGGGAUAGUUAUGUAGCUGGCGCAGUGAUGACCUUCUAUCCAGAGCCAGGUAAUUUGGAAUUUGCCAGAAAGCCAUAUUUCGAUGGAACCAUCAGAGUUCCAGCGCAUGUCCGGUGCCAAACGUUUAAUCUCUAUAAUAGAAGAUUUAUGCCUCCUUGUGGUUCAUGUGGUGAGUUGUUUGGUUUGAUUACAAAUGAAACAAAGGGAUUCCCCCACGGCAACUGUGCUGAAGCUGAAAGUCUGAGCAACUUGUUUAGAAAUGAUGCAGUAGUUAGAGGAGAAGUACCACCACCACCACCACCUGGUGGUAACAGAGAGAGGGCGAGAGCAAGCGUCCUUCAGGGGCUUACAGAUUUUGUGCAGUCCUUUGAGGGAUUAGGAGAAUGGACAGAUGAAGAAGGUGGUUUCUACACCCCACAAUUAAUCAGACCUUAAAAAGGGAAAGACUGAAUCAGGGCCAGGACAAUGUGCUUUAGUCCUGAUUUGCUUUAGUCCCGAUGCACAAGUGUGAUUUUAAUUUAUUGUGAUUCGAUAGGAGUAUUGUGAUUUUCUUUUCCUUCUUUAUCAAAAACAAAAGUUUAAUAAAACGCAUCUAGAGACAUUUCUAAAAACUAACAUGUUUUCUAAGAAGAAUGACAUCACAUGUCAGUCAGUCUGAUGUUGAUUUAUUUUGUAAAGAAGAAUAUAACAUGGAUCUUCUGCUUUUCGCUUUUGUUUUUCCCACCCGUAGAUUGAAUAUUAAAUAUUGAUGCGUAGACUUCAUAUGGUCCUUUAUUACCCAGUGACCAGAUCUCCUUUAAGAUGAUUCUUUAUCAAACAGCAGAGAUCAGUGUAGAAGUUGUUACUGAACGGGGAGGUCAUGUGAUCACAGCUGUUAAUAUUUCCUGCUAAUGCUCCAGCUACUUACUACCAUAACAAUAAAGAUAUGAAUGCAUUGAUGGAAAACAUAGUAAACCAAAUGUGUCAACAACACAUCUCUUCCUCCUGAACUUUGACUACCAAGAUGAUGAUAUUCAUGAUAUUAAUAGUGACUGUCCUAUCUGAAGCUGAUGUUCUUCUCUGGGAUUCUGGCUGUUCUGACUUUAUCUUCAUGGCUGAAUGAACUCAUUAGAGUCUCUUCACAUCAAAUCUAAUGAAAUGUGUCAACUGUUGGAGUAAAGCAUGCAGAAGAUGGAAACCAUAAAUCUAUCAUGUUGUUGACAAUAAAAUGAUGCUGAUGAAAA